AUGAAGAUCUAUUGCUUUCUUUUUUUGUUCCUGUUCAUCGGAAUUCAUGUUGGAGAUUUGAAUCCCCUUGACAGUGAUGUCCAAUUCGUAAACCGGAGGCCAGCGUAUUCAAAUCGUGAAAAUAUACUGAACAUGAGUAGAAGGAAAUCAAAGAGAAAAUCAGAGCGUCAAAGGAAGAAACGAAAGGAGAAAAGUGACCGAAUGCAAAUUCGACGCAGUCAACUAGGAAAAAUCGCAUUUGAAUAUAUUCGAAAGAAUAAGGCUUAUGUUCCAAAAGAUGGAGGGAAUUCAGGUGCACAGUUUCUCAAAUCAGAUAUAUUGGACGCAUUUUUGAAAGGAAUUCCGAAAACAACAGAACCGCCAGUGAUGACUUCCUACUGGUUGAAUAUGAGUGACGAUUACGAAAAAUACUUAAUUCUUCUGAGAAAUUCAUCAGCAGAUGCACGCAGUCUUUUAGGGAGAAUUGCAUUUGAAUAUAUUCGAAAUAAUAAGGCUUAUGUUCCGAAAGGUGAUUCGAAUGCAGGAGAAACAUUUGUCAAAGCAGAGAAAUCGAAAAGGAGAAAAAAUAGUAAGAAGAAGCAGACUGAUGACUCAGAAAAGCCUAGAAGAAAUCUGAGUCGGACAACUAGUGGCGCAGAAUAA